AUGGAAAAUGAAUUAUGUGAGAAAUCAAUUAUAAUCAAAACAGAGCCUGAAAGGAUAGCUUUUCCUAAUGACAUGCUAGAAGGAAUGGGUAAAACACCAAACCACUGUGAUAUCUGUGGUAAAUCGUUCACUCAAAGGAAAGCCUUAACUGUACACAAACGGGAGAAGCCAUAUUACUGUGAAAUCUGUGGGAAAUCCUUCUCUCAAAGAAUUCACUUGACUUUUCACAAAAGCAUACAUACAGGGAUAAAACCAUAUUGUUGUGAUUUCUGUAGUAAAUCAUUCUCUCGGAAAUACGAUUUAUCUAAACACAAACGAAUUCAUACUGGAGAAAAACCAUUUCCCUGUCAAAUCUGUGGUAAAUCCUUCUCUGCAAGUAGUGACUUAAAUAAGCACAAGCGUGUACAUACAGGUGAAAAGCCAUAUCACUGUAACAUCUGUGGUAAAUCAUUUUCUGGAAGUAGUGACUUAACUACCCACAUACGCAUCCAUACAGGUGAGAAGCCAUAUCGAUGUGACAUCUGUGGUAAAUUAUUCACUCAUAAAAACUCCUUAACAAUACACAAACAUAUACAUACAGGUGAUAAUUCACAUCAGUGUGAUAUCUGUGGUAAAUCAUUCUCCAGAACAGGAACUUUAAAUAUUCACAAACGUAUUCACACAGGUGAGAAGCCAUAUCACUGUACAGUUUGUCGUAAAUCAUUCACUUAUAGACAUGUCUUAAUCAAACAUAAACAUAUUCAUACAGGAGAGAAGCCAUAUGCAUGUAAUAUUUGUGGAAAAUCAUUCAGUGAUAGAAAUGUCUUAGCUAUACACAAAUGCAGUCAUACAGGUGAGAAGCCACAUCACUGUGAUGUCUGUGGGAAAUCAUUUCUCCAUAGUCGUAACUUAACUACCCACAUACGUACUCAUACAGGAGAGAAGCCAUAUUGCUGUGAUAUCUGUAAUAAAUCAUUUUCUUGUAGAAGCACCUUAACCAUACACAAACGCAUUCAUACCAGUGCGAAGACAUAUCCAUGUGAAAUCUGUGGUAAAUCAUUCUCUCGAAGCAGUUACUUAACUAGACAUAAGUAUAUUCAUUCAGGAGAGAAGCUAAUUCCAUCUGAUGUUUGUGAUAAAUCUUUCUCUCAUACAAAUGCUUUAACUAUACAAAAACAGAUUCUUACAGGAGAUAAGCCAUAUCAGUGUGAUAUCUGUAGUAAAUCAUUUUCUCGAAAUAGUCACUUGAGCACUCACAAAUAUAUUCAUACAGGAGAAAAACCAUAUCACUGUGAUAUUUGUGGUAAAUCUUUCUCUCAUUCAAGUACUGUAACUGUACACAAACGAAUUCAUACAGGAGAAAAGCCGUAUCAUUGUGAAAUCUGUGGUAAAUCAUUUUGUAAAAGUAGUGACUUAACUACUCAUAGAUAUAUUCAUACAGGUGAGAAGCCAUAUCACUGUGACAUCUGUGGGAAAUCAUUCAACAGAAGAUGCCAUUUAACUACUCACAAACGAAUUCAUACAGGAGAGAAACCUUAUCUCUGUGAUAUCUGUGGUAAAUCAUUCUCUCAAAGUAGUGAGUUAACUACUCACAUUCGGAUUCAUACAGGAGACAAGCCAUAUCACUGUGAGAUAUGUGGUAAAUCAUUCUCUCAGAGUAAUGACUUAACUAUACACAAAUAUAUUCAUACAGGAGAAAAGCCAUAUCAUUGUGAUAUUUGUGGUAAAUCUUUCUCUUAUAGAAAUUCCUUAACUACUCACAUACGAAUUCAUACAGGAGAGAAGCCAUAUCACUGUGAUAUCUGUGGUAAAUCAUUCUCUCGAUCUAGUGACUUGACUUGUCACAAGUAUAUUCAUGCUGACGAAAAGCCAUAUGAAUGUUAUAUCUGUGGUAAAUCAUUUUCUCGGAAACAUCUCUUAGCUACACAUGUAUGUAUUCAUGCUGAAGUAUAAUUUUGCAUGAAAAUGUAUGAACAUUUCCUAUGAAAAGAUAUCUAAACAUAAAUUUAUGAAUGCAGUAAUAACGACACAACUGUGUUAAAAUAUGGCAAUGCUACAUUUUGUAUAACUCCGAUAAUAACAAUAUUGGUGCCAUAAGUUACCAGUGUGAUAUUGUUAAUAAAAGUAUUUAUUUGUAUAUAUUCAAUGUAAUGUAUUUCCAGAAAGGAGAAAAGAUACUGUUGGUUAUGUGACAUUAUGGUUAAAUGACUGAUUAAUGUAUUCAUCAGAUAUCAAGGAUUACUUCACUGUACAGUUAUCAUUGUUGUUAUAACAUUCACUUUUACAUGCGCACAUAAUUUGGAUAAAAUUUGUUGAGGCAGAUUUUCUAUAGCUGGAUACCCUUCCCGUCACCAACAUUCUCCUAUUUUCAAGUAGGGUAAUAUUUUCCCAUGGCCAGAAAUGUUUUUGCAUUUUGGAAACAAAGGACACUGCUUGCACAACAGUGUCACUCAUUUAAAAUUAUCACAUGAUGUCAAGGCAUGGCGACUGUAGUACAUAGUCUCACACACAUACACACAAGUAUACGAUAGACUUCCACAGAAUUUUCCUCUACCAUAUUUACUCAUAAGGCUUUGGUUGGCCUGGGGAGAUUGUAGAUAAUUGCCUGAGGUGCCAUGCAGUGGGACUGAACCUGAAUGUAUGUGGUUGCCAUACAGCUCUGCCUGCACGAAUUGAUAAGUGAGAAAUAAUUGAAUAUUUCAUUACACAUCAGGUACCAUCAUACCACACCAAAUAUAUCUGUCCCUUCUUACCUUUGGUGAUUUCUCAGUUUCAUGCCAUGUGCCACUGCACAUGAUGAUGUAUCUAUAGUUCAUUGUCUUCUUGUAGGAUGCAAAAAUUUGCAAAAUAUAACAUCUGAUAUGGUUUAUUAUGCAGCUUGAUAGCAAAAACUACUCUGUUGAACAACAGCAGAGGUGGCUAGAAUCAGUUCAUAAAUCCCCUCUUUGCUCUUGUGCUCACUCCAUGAGAUGUUUUGAGCUCCCACAAGAAAUCAGAUGUACAUAAUUCAAAGUAAUUUUGAAGUUCCUCCAUACCAUGAUAAACAUAUGUCUUAUAAUCUCCCUUCUCUACGUUAUUCUUGUAUCUAAUGUAUAUACUGGGUUAAAUGCUAUGCAAUGUAUCUCAACAACAGAAUGAUUCCUCUUUCAGAUAAUAAAGUACAGCUACUUAAUUAAA